GAAUUUCCACUCGAUCCGGAUCAAGACGCGAUAAAUGAAGCGCGACAGCUGUCAGUGUGCUCAGACACAGCAUAAGCAGCGGGAGAGAUGCUGAAUCAGCGGUCUGUGUGCUAAACUACCGCCCGGCGCUCGUAGUAAACAGGAGUAGCUGAAGGCUGUCAAUCACUCUGAAGCUCCGCCCAUCAUGACAGAGCUCAGUGUGGUGAAGGAGGGCUGGCUCCUUAAGAGAGGUGAGUACAUCAAGACAUGGAGGCCGCGGUACUUCAUCCUGAAGAGUGACGGCUCCUUCAUCGGCUACAAGGAGAAGCCGGAGCUGACGGACCAGAGCUGUGCACCGCUCAACAACUUCUCUGUGGAGGAGUGUCAGCUGAUGAAGACGGAGCGUCCGCGGCCGAACACCUUCAUGAUCCGCUGCCUGCAGUGGACCACCGUCAUUGAGCGCACCUUCCAUGUGGACAGCAGUGACGAGAGGGACGAGUGGAUGCGAGCAAUCCAGAUGGUGGCCAAUGGGCUGCAGGCGCGGGAUGUGGACGAGCCAAUGGAGAUCAAGUACAGCUCUCCCAGUGACGCUCUGGAGGACAUGGAGAUGUGUCUGUCCAAAUCCAGCUCCAGAGUGACGAUGAAUGACUUUGAUUACCUGAAGCUGCUGGGGAAGGGCACGUUUGGGAAGGUGAUUCUGGUGCGGGAGAAGGCCUCUGGGAUGUACUACGCCAUGAAGAUCCUGCGCAAGGAAGUGAUCAUCGCGAAGGAUGAAGUGGCGCACACAGUCACAGAGAGUCGAGUGCUGCAGAACACUAGACACCCCUUCCUUACGACCCUCAAAUACGCCUUCCAGACUCAUGACCGUCUGUGUUUCGUGAUGGAGUACGCCAACGGUGGAGAGCUAUUCUUCCAUCUGUCUCGUGAGCGUGUGUUCUCUGAGGAUAGAGCUCGCUUCUACGGCGCUGAGAUCGUCUCUGCUCUGGACUAUCCGCACUCACAGAACGUGGUCUACAGACACCUGAAGCUGGAGAACCUCAUGCUGGAUAAUGACGGACACAUUAAAAUCACAGACUUCGGUCUCUGUAAAGAGGGAAUCACAGACGAGGCCACCAUGAGGACCUUCUGCGGGACCCCAGAAUACCUUGCGCCGGAGGUGCUGGAGGACAAUGAUUACGGCCGUGCGGUGGACUGGUGGGGUCUGGGUGUGGUGAUGUAUGAGAUGAUGUGUGGCCGUCUGCCGUUCUACAGUCAAGACCACGAGCGUCUGUUCGAGCAGAUCGUGAUGGAGGAGAUCCGCUUCCCCCGCAGCCUGAGCACACACGCCAGAGCACUGCUGACCGGCCUGCUGAGGAAAGAGCCCAAGCAGAGGCUCGGCGGAGGCCCAGAUGAUGCCAGAGAUGUGAUGAUGCACAAGUUCUUCAGCGGCGUUCAGUGGGACGAUGUGCUGCAGAAGAAGCUGCUGCCGCCCUUUAAACCGCAGGUGACGUCAGAGACGGACACACGCUACUUUGAUGAUGAGUUCACUGCGCAGAGCAUCACUGUGACCCCUCCAGACAAGCUGAGCUGUCAGGACGUGGAGGAGUCUGGGCCGAUCGCACAUUUCCCUCAGUUCUCCUACUCCGCCAGCGUCCGAGAGUGACGCCUCAUCCCCAGGACCUCCUAUUAUGCAUCAUGAUGGAUUCCCAUAAUGCACUGCACUCUGAGGGAAGCAUAAAGUUGGAUGUGUGUUGUGUUUAAACGCUGCCGAACACAGCGCUGUCAAUAAUCAGCAGGAAAACUCUUUCUGUCAGGAUCACAGUCAGACAUGGGCAGGUAUUAAAGACUAUCAGCUGCUGUCA